GAUUCGUUCAAUGGAUACAUACCAAAGGAUCUCAAUGAAUAUUACGAAAUUUCCUUAAAAAGAAUAAGUGACGAAUUAAAUUCAUUUCAAAUCAGUAAAGAAAAAUUUCAGUCACUUUUAAAUGCAUUAGCAGUUGCUAAAGAACCCCUUCCUUGGGAAGUAGUUGAGGACAUACUUGAUUUCAAUUGCCUUUCAUCUGUGGUUAGAGAAAUUAUGUUGUGCCUUUUUACUACCAAUGAAGAAGGACAUGUGUCGUUUUUCCACAAAUCUUUAUCUGAUUGGCUGGCUGGCGAGUGUAAACAUAAUUACUCUGUUAAUACUACUGAUGGUAAUCGAGUUGUUUUAGCGUUUUGUUCAAGAACUUUAGACAAUCUCAAAGCUGUCGACGUGGACUACAAUAACUUUGUUAAGCGGGCAUCAGUAAUGUAUUCAGUCAAAUAUUGGUUUCUUCAUAUGCUUGCUAUUUGUGAUAAUGAUCAAGUCGUUGAAUAUGUUGGUAAAUAUCUUGUUGACUUAGAUGUUUUACUUGCCUCUGUAUCGAUUGAUAGACGUCGUACUUUGGAAAACUUUCGUAUGAUAAGCUCUCAUAACAUAUACUUUCAUCUUUCUGAGGGCACUCGACUGUUAUUUAAUGACAUUUAUUGUGUUAUUACGAGGAGUUUCUUGAAUUCCAUAAUUUUUUUGCAGUAUGUUGUCAACGAAAUCAAAGAUCUUGCGCCAAAAGCUUCCACAAUGCUUAAAACACGUUUCAGAGAGUCUUCUUAUGUUGAGCGCCUUGAUACGCGUUUUGUAUUAACUCCAUUUUUACGUUUAGCGCGAAACUUGAUUUCAGUAAAUGUAUCGCGACAUUAUGACUAUGUCGUCUGUGGUUAUGAAGGGUUUAUAGUGCAACUUUUUUCUCUGACAACAAACAGGUGUUUAUGGAUAAAAGAUAUAUCCGAUCAGUUAAGUCUAAGUGAAUUGAAAGCAUUUUGCGUUGUCUUUCAUCCUUUCACCGAUCUGAUCUUCGUUUCCCAAUUGGAUAAAGUUCUAAAUGUUGACAGGAAAGUUGUCUCUAGUCCUUUUCAUUGUGAUGAUUCAACUUCUAAGUUCUUUACUAACAGUUGUUUUUCCAAGGAUAAGUACACAAUGGUCACUAGUUACAAAGAUAUUUUGACUGUAUGGGACGUUGAGAAAGGUGAGAAGAUGCACAGUGUUAUAUGCAGCAAUGUGACAUCCCUGUGUUUUUCCAAUUCAAAAAAAUAUUUGGGUGUCAUUGAUGAAAAAAACGUAUUUCAAACAUUUGACGUAACGAAGGAUUAUAAGUUAUUCGAUUGUUCACCUUUUGAAAAUGAUGCAAAGCGCUAUCGCUAUUAUGAUAGAAAGUUUCGUAUUCUUUCCACUGUUGGUCUUCAUUCUUGGUCUUGUGCUUUGUCUCAUAGUAAGAAAGUUUUCAUUGUCAAUCCUAGUCAAGAGGCACUUCCUGGGUUAGAUCUUGAGCGUACACUUGGUUUGUGUUCGCUUGAUCCCUUUGAUGAUAACAUGUUAGGCGUUUCUUUGAUUAAUUUCACAGGAUAUCAUUAUUAUUUAUUGAAUGAUAACAAUAUACUUUUAUUUGAUUAUGGACAUGCUUCUCAUCUUGUUUUAAUGGCGCGCACAAUUUUAACAAAAUCUUUGGUUCUUGAUAACCAGAUAGUUUGCUCAAAUGGCAACUUUCUGUAUCGGAGAGAUAAAGAAACGUCAUUCGUCAUAGUGAACAAUCUCACUACAGGAGACUUUGUUAACAAGGAACGUAUUGUUAAUGGCAUGGUUGCCGUAGAAAAUGGAGUCAUUUUGCUUGCGGCAAAAGCCAUUCCUGAGCUUUGGAAUAAUGAUUUGACAAAACUUAUUUAUAGUUUCGAUGAACUAAAAGGUACAAACAAAAUUUUUGAGGUAAGUGAUGUAUCAUUUGCUUGUCAAAAAACUGAUUCUAUUGUGUUUUUCAAUGUUGAAAACAAGCGAAAAGAAAUAUCAAUGAAUUUUGAAAAUUAUCGAAAUGUGCACGUAUUGGCAUGUAGCUCUAAGUAUCACGUGUUUGCGAAAACGAAAGAAAGAAAGAAAGAAACUUACUAUUUGUGGCACAAAGAUAAACUAGUUGAUGGUUGGAGUGGUAUAAAAGACAUCAUUUUUGGGUAACUGUCAUUUUGUAAAUCAAGUUGAAAAAUACCCGUAUUGUAUCAAAAUAGAACAAUUGGAGUUAGUAUUUUAAAGACUUGUUAAGAUUCAUUCAUUUAGCAUUUAUAAUAAAUAAUGUAAGGAUGAACUUUCUUUUUGCACUGUGCUUUUUUAAGACGUGUUAACAUAGUUUUAUCAUAUUAGUAUUUUAAUGUAGAAGAUAAUCGUUGUAUCAAUAUGUUUUCUGCAAAAUUGUUACAAUAUAUGUGUGUUGAUUA